AGUCGAGGUAAGUUAAUGGUCCGCCUGCCUUCGUAGUUUGCUGGGUUAGAAGCGGGCAGGGGCAUUUGGCCCGGGCUGCUAACUCGGAGCGGUGACCUUGAGGGUGGAGUUCGAGGUUUCUUUCUUCUGGGCGGAUUAGGCUCCACCCCUUGGUCUUGCUCAGGUGGGCGUGUUUCAGAGUUUUGUUUCCGCCGCAUUGUUCCGGCCUCCCACCCUCCCCGCCCCCCAUCCCCACCCGGCUCCUGUACCUAGUUGGCUGCCAGAUCAGCAUGAAAAGAUUUAGAGAUAAGAGUGGACAAAGUCCAUGCAGCGGGGCUGUUCAGCCUGACAGGAAAGUGUUUCUGCCAGAAACGCCUUCCAAGAGUAACUCGAGGUGCACUAGCAGUGUCCCCAGCGGGCCUUAAGAAUGCCGGAAGCAGUGUAAGGUCUUUCUCUUUACAAUGCAGAGAUUCAACAAAGCAGGGGUUUUUGAAAUGACACCAAUUUGGAAUUGCUGGGUAAUUACUUUUGAGAAAUCGACAUAUAUUGGGGAUUUCGUAAGAGGCCCUUCCUCCCCACUUAAUUUUAGAGGUCUCCUGUAGCCCAGCUGGCCUCCUCAAAUUUCUGAUCCUCUUGUCCCUACCUCCCAGUGAUGGGAUACAGGCGUUUGCCACUGGGCUUGGACAAUUUUUUUUCUUCUUCAAGAUGGGUAACAGUAUGUAGGGUAGUCUAACCUCAAACUUCUGGAUAUCCUGUAUUAGCCAGGAGCCAUGCUGCAUUCUUGAAAGAUGGUAUGUGCAGGUAAAGGUGCCUGCAUGUAUGUCUGGGGAGGGAAGAGUGAGGAUGUUGGCCAGUGGAGCCAGUCUGUGAAAUACUUAGCCUAAUUCCUCUGAGAAAUUAGAAGCUGAGAGUCUUAAGUUCAAGUCUGUGUUGGACAUUAGUCCACACUCACUUGUGCUUAUGCAACUUUAAGUUUAAUUGGAAAUUCAGUUCCUUACUUGUGUUAAUGGCCCUUCAAAAGCUCAGUUAUCAGUGUGGCUUGAAGGUUUACUACAUUUCCAUUGUUGAAGAAAAUUCUUGUGCUAACAGCGCUUCAAGAUAGAUUUCUGGCCUCAUGUCACUUGCCCUGUCAUUUGGGUUUCCUAACGUCAUUGUUUGUAUAUGCUAGGCCCAGGGCGUGGCACUAAUAGGAACUGUGGCCUUGUUGGAGUAGGUGUGUCACUGUGGGUGUGGACUUUAAGACCCUUGUCCUAGUUGCAUGGAAGCCAGUCUUCUCCUAGCUGCCUUCAGAACAAGAGGUGGAACUCUCAGCUCCUCCAGCCCUAUGUCUGCCUGAACACUGCCAUGUUCCCACCUUGAUAAUAGUGGACUGAACCUCUGAACCUAGCUAAGAUGCGAGUGUGCUGGUUGGUGAGACAGGACAGCAGGCACCAGCGAAUCAAACUUCCCCAUUUGGAAGCUGUUGUGAUUGGUCGAAGCCCAGAGACCAAGAUCACAGAUAAGAAAUGUUCCCGACAGCAAGUACAGUUGAAAGCAGAGUGUAACAAGGGAUAUGUCAAAGUACAGCAGAUGGGGGUCAACCCCACCAGCAUUGACUCGGGCGUCAUCGGGAAGGACCAAGAGAAGAAGCUGCUGCCUGGUCAGGUUCUCCACAUGGUGAAUGGACUUUAUCCAUACAUCGUAGAGUUUGAGGAAGUGGCAGAGAGCCCUAACCUAACACAGAGGAAGAGAAAGAGGUCAGACUGUGAUAGUGAGGAGAUGGAAGCUGAGUCUGGGACAGGGCUGGCACCUGGGAGCAGCCCCAGCCAGUGCUCUGUGUCCCCUAAGAAGGACAAGAAUGGAGCCACCAAAAAGGAAUCACUGGGCCACUGGAGUCAAGGCUUGAAGAUGUCUAUGAAAGACCCCAAAAUGCAGGUUUACAAAGACGACCAGGUGGUGGUGAUUAAGGAUAAAUACCCCAAGGCCCGUCACCACUGGCUGGUCUUACCGUGGGCCUCCAUUUCCAGUCUGAAGGUUGUGACCAGUGAACACCUUGAACUUCUCAAACAUAUGCACGCUGUGGGGGAGAAGGUGAUAGCAGAUUUUGCUGGAUCCAGCAAACUGCGCUUCCGAUUGGGCUACCAUGCCAUUCCCAGCAUGAGCCACGUACAUCUUCAUGUGAUCAGCCAGGAUUUUGAUUCUCCUUGCCUUAAAAACAAAAAGCAUUGGAAUUCUUUUAAUACAGAAUACUUUCUGGAAUCACAAGCUGUGAUCAAGAUGGUUCAGGAAGCCGGCAGAGUGACUGUUAAAGAUGGCACUUGUGAGCUCUUGAAGCUGCCUCUCCGUUGCCAUGAGUGUCAGCAGCUGCUGCCUUCCAUCCCGCAGCUGAAAGAGCACCUCAGGAAGCACUGGGGCGGGUGACACUCGUCUCGGCGACCAAGGGCAGUGCUAGCAUCUGUCCGCAUUGCCUAUGCUCCGUUCAAUCCUGAACUAAAGCGUACACUUCUUCGAAACAAAGCUUAUUUAUUCUUGAGCAGCCACACAUUGGGUGCACUCUGGUGCAGGAACUGGGAAUUCGGGUUUUGUGGGUGUAUUCUCUGGUAAUGGAGGCUGAGACAUGCCUGGUCACCCUUCCCAGGACCAUGACAGGCCUGACUAAUGAGAGGGCAAAGCCGGCUUGAGACUCAAAUGCACGAUGUAGAAGCAGAGGAUUGGUAAUAUAUUUUGUUCCUACCCUCGUUCCUGGAUUGUGUAGUAUCUGUUCAUCAAGGUAGCUGAGGUUCUGAGGGGCCUGGUUCUGCCUUUAGUCUGCUCUAUGAGAUUCCUCUUCCCCCAUGAGGAGGCUUUCAAUCUACUGCACCAGGCUGAGUGUCUAGUUGAAAAUAUGUGGCAGUCAUCUACACAGAGAGAUAAUUUGUGUAUGACUGUGUCAGGGAAGAGGAAGUGGUAAUACUGGGCACAGUAAUGUUAACAGUACAGUCUGUGCUGAGGGCAGCCUGGGGUGGUGUGAACUGUACAGUCUGUGCUGAGGGCAGCCUGGGGCGGUGUGAACUAUACAGUCUGUGCUGAGGGCAGCCUGGGGCGGUGUGAGCUGUACAGUCUGUGCUGAGGGCAGCCUGGGGCGGUGUGAACUGUACAGUCUGUGCUGAGGGCAGCCUGGGGCGGUGUGAACUGUACAGUCUGUGCUGAGGGCAGCCUGGGGCGGUGUGAACUGUACAGUCUGUGCUGAGGGCAGCCUGGGGCGGUGUGAACUGUACAGUCUGUGCUGAGGGCAGCCUGGGGGCGGUGUGAACUGUAUAGUCUGUGCUGAGGGCAGCCUGGGGCGGUGUGAACUGUAUAGUCUGUGCUGAGGGCAGACUGGGGCGGUGUGAGCUGUACAGUCUGUGCUGAGGGCAGCCUGGGGUGGUGUGAGCUAUAUAGUCUGUGCUGAGGGCAGCCUGGAGUGGUGUGAACUGUACAGUCUGUGCUGAGGGCAGCCUGGGGUGGUGUGAGCUGUCAGUUGACUGUACAGUCUGCAUGGAGAGCAGCCUGGGCAAUGUGUAUUUUUAGCUUCAGGCAGAUUUUACUGAGGCUUCCACUACUGCUCUUGAGAAUUACAGAGCAUUUAUCUAAACUUCAGAUAAAGUUUCCCCAAUGCAUCUGGGAAAAACAGAUGUUGCAAAAUAGUUCAUUUAAUUUCUACCUAAUACUAUAUAGUUUAGCACAUCAAUAUUAAACUGAGUAUUUGGUUAUACAGUACUAGGAGUGUGUGUAUCAGACAGUGUAAGAAUGUCAGGUAUAAUGGGGAACAUUCUGAGAGUGAGAUGACCAUGCUUACAUUCUUCAUUCUGCCCCAAAUAGAUUUUGUAAGGCCGGGCUAAGUGCCUGCUGUUAUUCCUGAGGACCCGAGUUUUGUUCCCAGCACCCACAGCAGGUGGCUCACAGACACCUAUAGCUCCAGGGGAUCCUACACCCUCUUUUGAGCGCCGUGGGCAUGCAUUCCAGUACACAAACCUGAAUACAGACAUACAUAUUCAUACAUAAUUAAAAUUUUUAAAAAAUUAGAUCUCUUAGAGGAAAAAAAUAUAAAUUAUGACAUGCAGGAACCAGGUGUUGAGGUAUUAAGUAUAUUCAUCCCAUAGCUCUCCUCUCCCCAGUGGGCUUUCAUCACUAGGGGGAGAAGACUGUCUGGCCUCUGCAUUACUUGACAGACGUGUCAUUGCACAAUUAGUUGAAGCCUUCCUUCAGAAGCAGAGGGAGGGAUGAUGGGAGACUGCAGAGUAGAAGAAAGCCAGCCACAUCUAAAGCCAGGCACAGUGGCAAAGUCUCCUGCAAUCCCCAAAUGUAGGAGGUGGUGGAGCAAGGAGGGCCGGGAGUUCCGGGUUAUCCUUGUCUGUAUGGUGAACUGGAAGUCUGGACUACAUGAGGCCUGUGUCAAAUAAGCAAAUAAAACAUUUAAAAGGGGGAAAUAAAGUUAUAUCUGAGGUGCCAAAGAAUAUUAUUUUGCCCGUUUGACCUUGGCCCUUCAUAGCCAGGAAGGACAAUGUUAUCAAAGCAGUGGUUAUGAUUCAAAUCUGGACUAACUCCACAGGCUCAUGUUUCAGAGUGGCAGGUCCUUUCCAUGCAGUGUGUGCUAGAUGCUGUGGAGCCUUUAGGAAGUGAGGCCUGGCUGGCAGACAUAGUCUCCAGGAUCAGGCUUUUGAAGGCUAUACCUGUUCCUGGUUGGCCUCCUGUGAAUAGGCCACCCAUCUCUGCUACUGUGGGCUGACACACACUGUGUGUGUGUAGGCAAGAGGACAAUUUCCAGAUGUCAGUUGUCUCCACCAUGUGGGUCCUGGGGAUUGAACUCAUGUCAUUGGGCUUGGCUAUAAGUGUCUUUACCCACUGAGUUCCAGUAAGUCAGAAGUACUCUUUUUAAAAAGUAAUAACUUAAUUCUCAAGUAAACACACACACACACACACACACACACACACACACACACACACCCACCCACCACAACCUUACCUCAUCCCAAGCUAUCCUAGAACUCAACAUGUAGACUAGGUUGGCUUUGAACUUGCAGAGAUCUGCCAGUCUGUGGAUCCAGGCUGCUGGGAUGCAAGUACACCACAAAAAGAAAACACAAAACAAAACAAAUGCACAAGGAUUAGGUAGACAUUGUCUGUAUUUAAUUACGAUUCAGUGUCUUCUGAGAAUGAAAUAUUGUCAUGGAAUACCAUUCCCUUCUGCAGUAAUGUUCAGAUCUGCCUCUUUAGAAUGCUCUUUCCUUUUGGAUGUUGAUAAUGGUGCAUUGGCUGGUUUUGUGUGUCAAUUUGACACAAGCUAAGAGUCAUCAGAGAAGAAGGAUGUUCAGUUGAGAAAAUGAGAUCCAACUGUAAGGCAUUUUCAUAAUUAGUGACCAAUGGGGAGAGCACCAUUGGAGGUGGUGCCAUCCCUGGACUAGUGGUCCUAGGUCCUAUGAGAAGGCAGCUGAGCAAGCCAGGGGAAGCAAGCCAUUGGGUGGCACCCCGCUCGUGGUCUCUGCAUCAGUUUCUGCUUCUAGGUUCCUUCCCUGUUUGAGUUUCUGUCCUGACUUCCUUUGGUGAUGAACAUACUGGCUGUGGGAUUGCCAGUUUGUCACUCAGGCUUUAUGGUGACACCAGGACAUUCAAAAUUUGGAGGUAUAUAAUGGAGCAUUAUUUAAGCCAUAAAUAAGAAGGAAAUUGUGUCCUUUUCGAGAAGACAGAUACCCGGGACAUCAUCCUGUGGAAUGCAGUCAGCCAGACUCAGAACAAUUACCUCAUAUUGGUGGUCUCAAAGUUCUUGGCUCCCCUGACUCCAGGCCCGUUGGAGGCAGAGUAUGGCAGAGAUUGACGCAUGCACAAAGCCACCUUAGCACACCAGACAAAGGCAGAGACAACACUUACCUAUUCUGAGAUUGGUCUUACUAUGUAGCCAAGACUGACCUGGAACUCAUGUAGCUCAGCUUGGUCUUGAAUUCAAGACCCAACUGCCUUUGCCUUGAAAGUUCUGGGUAUAUUGCUAUCGUGCCCAGCUAGGAAGUGUUCUCAGAACACUGAUUUCAGAGCAUGAGACCCCUUCAUGUGUGGGUCACCGUGAGUCAACUAACCCUUCUGUGGCUGGACCCUGCAGGUAAGGGGUGGAGCACAGGGCAGAGGAGGGGCUUCUGGCACUCAGUUCUAAGGAGCCAGUGGACCAGCUGGAUUCUUAUCUGCCGCUGACAUUUCCACACCACAGACUCUCUAGUUUGUGGCAGCUGGGAACUUACUUUUGUUUUCAAGAACCCAGCGAUAGGUCAGAUUCUCAAAUACAGCCGAUUGUGGUGGUCAUGAGUGAGAAGAGACUCAAGAUGUUAGGAGGAGACCACAGUAUGUAGACCUGACUGAACUUGCCCCUGACAAGCUGACAGCCCAUUGCAUCAUCUUUACAUGAAUGAGAAAAAGGUACCUGUUGCACGUGGAAACCUUUAACCCAAAUCCCCUGAGGCCGGAGCCGCUAUGAGACACAACUACAUGACAGUGUAGGCUGGGGACCCUGUUUCCCAUGGGGUCCUCUGUCACCUUCACAAUGGAAUUCUGACUACCUGAAAAUAAAGGACACAAGAUUUUGUUGAGUGAAUAAAGUAGUGUCAUGCUUUUUGCUAGCAAACAGUAAAGAGACUUCUCUCACACUGGACUGUAAUGAGGGAGGUAGUGUGCUGUAUGGUCAACCAGUUUUUCAUCUGAUAGCCUCUUGAUGCCAUCCUGAAUGGGCAAAGGCUCUCUUACAGGUAGGAAUGAGGGGUGUGUGGAGAAGACAGUAUGUUUUCUACCUAAUGUUUUAGCUUUUCAGUCCACAAAAUGGGAUUCUCCUGUGAGAGCGUUUCAGUUUUCUCACUUUGGCCACCAGGUGGCAGCAUGUGAAUAAAGAAUUUUUAAUCCUC